AUGAAUCGACCACUUGUGAAAAUCCUGACAACGUUGUUCGCUUGCAUCUUAGAAACCAGCAACUUCAGGUCAGCUCACUCCAAGGAGCAUGACUCUAGGUCUUCAAUCAAACCGGCCUCGCAGGCCAUGUCCCCCUCAGAUUUUCUGGACAAAUUGAUGGGAAAGACAUCAGGAUACGAUGCCAGAAUCAGACCAAAUUUUAAAGGUCCUCCAGUAAACGUUACAUGCAAUAUUUUUAUCAACAGUUUCGGCUCAGUCACGGAGACCACAAUGGACUACAGAGUGAAUAUUUUCCUGCGACAGACAUGGAAUGAUCCACGAUUGGCCUACAGCGAGUACCCAGAUGAUUCCUUAGACUUGGAUCCCUCCAUGUUGGAUUCCAUCUGGAAGCCUGAUUUGUUCUUUGCAAAUGAAAAGGGCGCCAACUUUCAUGAAGUGACAACGGACAACAAACUGCUUCGCAUUUUUAAAAAUGGAACUGUUUUAUACAGUAUAAGACUGACACUAACGUUAUCCUGUCCAAUGGAUUUGAAAAACUUUCCUAUGGAUGUACAGACAUGUGCAAUGCAAUUGGAGAGCUUUGGAUACACAAUGAAUGAUCUGAUUUUUGAGUGGCUGGAUGGAGAGCCCGUGCAGGUCGCAGAAGGACUGACACUUCCACAGUUUCUUCUCAAGGAUGAGAAGGAACUAAAAUAUUGCACAAAACAUUAUAAUACAGGGAGAUUUACCUGCAUUGAAGUGAAGUUCCUUUUGGAAAGACAGAUGGGUUAUUAUUUAAUCCAGAUGUACAUUCCAAGCCUGCUGAUUGUCAUUUUGUCCUGGGUGUCAUUCUGGAUUAACAUGGAUGCUGCUCCAGCGAGAGUAGCGCUGGGCAUCACGACAGUGCUGACAAUGACAACACAGAGUUCCGGCUCUCGAGCUUCACUUCCAAAGGUUUCAUAUGUCAAAGCUAUUGAUAUUUGGAUGGCAGUUUGUCUCCUCUUCGUCUUUUCGGCCCUGCUGGAAUAUGCUGCCGUAAAUUUUGUGUCACGUCAGCACAAAGAAUUUUUGCGUCUUAGAAGAAGACAAAGAAGACAAAAUAAGGAUGAAGAACUGGUUCGGGAGAGUCGCUUUAACUUCAGUGGAUAUGGGAUGGGUCAGUGCCUUCAAGUCAAAGAUGGCACAGCUGUCAAAACAGCAGCUCCAAAUCCUCCACCACCACAGCCCAAGGAUGCAGAAGCCAUCAGAAAGAAGUUCGUCGACAGAGCAAAAAGAAUUGACAUGAUAUCCCGUGCUGCCUUCCCUUUAGCAUUCCUCAUUUUUAACAUCUUUUACUGGAUUACAUACAAAAUUAUACGGCAUGAAGCUGCCCAUCAGCAGUAG